GCCGUUACCGGGCGCUGUAGCGUUAAAGCACCGCAGUGCCGUUUGGGUAAUAUAUGGUAUGUGUUUUGAGCUACGAAAGCACAGAUGUUCGCCUUUCCUAUGGACAUAAGAGCUUCAAAAUACUAUGUAUGUAGGAUAAUGUUAAUUCAUAUGUGACUGAGCGCUGUUAUCUUUUGCCUCUUUUUAAUAAGAACCGCCACAGACCGGGGGAUUCAUUAUUUAUUGUCUGUACCAUAUGUGCAAUUAAAUCAGGCUAAGUUGCUAAUUUAGCCCCCAAAGCGGAAAGAAAUAGACUUUAACUAAUGCCGGUAUUGUACAGUUCAAUAAACCACUUUCCAGGAUGAAAGGGAUAUGUCUUAAAUGUUGUAAUGAAUUAUAUUAGUGUUAAUAUUCCUUAUCCGGCUUGUUAAGUUAAAAUUACAGGCUGUCCUUUGUUUCCAACCGCAACGCUAUAUUGAUUGGUUGCCUGGAAAGAUCGGGAAGCAGCAGUAAAAAAAAAAUGGACGAAACUGCCGAAAAUGUUGACAACGACGACAUUGUCAUCAUUGUGGAAAACGAAGCAGAAAGUUUGCCAGCCGAGGAGGAGAGACUGAAACAGCAAGGCACAUUCGGGCUCAUGGACACUUGUCCCAUCUGCAAGUUGAGCUUCCACAACAGAGAGCCAAAACUCCUGCCGUGUCUCCACUCCUUCUGUAAGAGGUGUCUGCCUGCCCCCUUCAGGAGUGCUGACCCGAGGCGUGACUCGCAAGGUCAAGUCGACAACAACAAACCAUUGGGUGCUAUUCGAUGUCCAGUAUGCAGACAGGAAUGCUGGGAGAUGGAUGUGCUGGAUAAUUUCUUUGUCAAGGACUCCGCUGAGGUGCCAAGCAGCACUGUGGAGAAAACCAGCCAGGUGUGUAUGAGCUGCGACGACAACACAGAAGCAACAGGUUACUGCGUGGAGUGUGUGGAGUUUCUGUGCGUGACAUGCAUCGAGGCUCAUCAAAGGGUUAAGUUCACCAGAGAUCACACCAUACGUCAGAAAGAGGAGAUGUCUCCAGAAGCAGUAGGUGUUUCCACACAGAGGCCUGUGUUUUGUGACAUCCACAAGCAGGAGCCACUGAAGCUGUUUUGUGAGACGUGUGACCGACUCACUUGUCGGGACUGUCAGCUGCUUAAGCACAAGGAUCACAACUACCAGUUUUUGGAGGAUGCGUACAGAAACCACAGGCAGUACCUGGAGAACAUGACGCAGCAGUUGCAAGAGAAAAGAAACGCCAUAGAGGACGUUUCCGGCUGCAUCAGUACAGGACUCCAACAAGUUGAAGAAAACCGGAAAGCUGUCACAAAUGAAAUAAAGAAGUCCAUCUGUAAUUUGAUAAUGGAGAUCAACAGGAAGGGGAAGAUUCUGGUUAACCAGCUUGAGGCUCUGACUAAGGACCAUGAGUUGGGUUUGAAAAAGCAGCAGGAGGACGUCAACUCUCUGAGUAGGCACCUAGACCACGUUAUUAGCUUCACCAAAUGGGCUACAGCCAGCCAUAGUGGAACAGCACUCCUGUACUGCAAGAGACUGAUCCUUUUCCAGAUCCAUUACCUGAUGAGAGCGAGUUGUAAUCCCUCCAUCGUCCCUCAGAGUUCUGUUCGUUUCCAGUGCCGCUCUGGUUUCUGGGCCACAAAUGUAGACCUCGGUUCUCUGGUAGUAGAAAGGGGCCCAGGAAGGCCGCCCAUCACCAACCACCAAGCAGCUCCCAGAGCAGAAGCACCUGCCGGAGGUCUAUCAGCAGUCUCAGCUCAGCAGCGACAGAGCACGCUGGCUCAGCUCCAGAUGCAGGUUGACAAGCUUUCCCAACAGCCCCACAGACAGCCCCCUCCCAACCACUGGUCCUGGUACCAGAACGUAAGGCUCCCGGGACCCCCCGGCCCACCACCCCCAACCAGGCCCAUCCAUGGAGGCUCCUCCCCCUCCCAGGGCCCCCCGAACUUGACACAACCAGGACGCAGGUACGGGACCUCCCACCCCAACCCCAGAAGCCCCACCUCCUCCAUGCUUCACAACACAGGAUUCCCACCUCCCCAGUCUCUGAGAGAUCUGAUCCAUAGCUCCAGCUUCCCUCCUAAACCCAUGGAUGUGUUGCAAGGUACUUCCCGCUACCCACAGCCUCUGCCUGCCGGAGCAGCUACACAGACGUCACUACACCAGAGGGGUCUACCGGAGUCCUCCUUCCUGAAGAGGAGUGAAGCUAGCGGAUCUGUCCCCUCUAUCACCAUCUCUAUCCCCAAACCCAGCUACGCUCCAAGUGUAGCCUCAGCAACCACAGACAAAACAAACACACUUAAUCACAUAACAGUCCAAGGAAGGCAGAACUCCCCGAUGGCCAAACCAUCUUCUACAGACAGAAGCACGGGGACGUCUUCCUGGAGGCAGUCUUCUGAGCCGCCAUCUGCCCCUUCAGCCAAGCGACGAAGAAGGUCGUCCCCGGGGCCCAUUAUCGUCAUCAAGGAUGAACCAGAGGAUGAGGAUGAAGUUCAUUUUGUGCAGUCCACUGUAGGGUCCAGUCUGCCUGACAGCAGCACCGGGGCCCAGUCGAAGCCGCGGCAGCAGCAGAAGGUCUCUGUCCAAGUCCCAGUCCCUGGAUCAGAGUCCAAAGCUGGGAAAGAGCAGUGUCCUCAGACUGCGGCGCAGCCGGAGUCUGAAAAGAGAGCGGAGCCGGAGGAAGAUCCUAAUGAGGACUGGUGCGCCGUCUGUCAGAACGGAGGAGAGCUGCUCUGCUGCGACAAAUGUCCCAAAGUUUUCCAUCUGUCCUGCCACAUCCCCACGCUGAUUGAGUCCCCCAGCGGCGAGUGGUUCUGUUCAUUCUGCCGAGACCUCGCCGCGCCUGAGAUGGAGUACAACUGUGACAGCAAGGAUGACCCCAUCUCAGAAGGAUUCCCACCUGUUGAUAGAAGGAGGUGUGAGAGGCUGCUACUACGUCUGUUCUGCAAUGACUUCAGCACCGACUUCCAGCAGCCUGCUUCUCCAUCGGAGACAAGAAGGUACAAAGAGCUGAUCAAGACACCGAUGGAUUUGUCAAUAGUGAAGAGGAAGCUGGAGUCCAAGUCGAAGGAGGGUGAAUGUUAUAGGAGGCCAGAGGAAUUUGUUGCAGACAUCAGGCUCAUAUUUUUCAACUGUGCAAAGUACUACAAGGCGACCUCAGAGGUGGGGAGUGCUGGCUUGUACCUGGAGGACUACUUUGAGGAACAGCUGAAGCUAGUCUACCCAGAUAAGGUAUUCCCCGGUGGAAGGGAAGAACAGAUGAUCCCUCCUUUAGAGGAUGAGAUUGAAGAAGAGGAGGAGAUGAUGGAGGAAGGUUUGGCACCCAUUGAACACGACAAACCCCAAAGUCCUGCAGGAAAAGGAAUCCCCCCUGUAGAAGAGGAUUUGGCUCCUCUGGAAGAAGCUCCAGCCCCGGCAGAGGAAGAAAAGUCCGAAAUCGAGGAGAAGGCGACUGACACUAGUGAAAAGGAGACAGAGAAAACUGUAUCGGCUACCGGGGAGGGCUCGCCUCCUGCCGUGGAGGCAAAGCAGGAUGAGAAAAGUCCUGUGAAGGAGGUGGAAAGCUCUCCUGCUGCUGAUAGUGAAACAAAAGAUGGAGUAGCUCCCAGCUCCCCAAAAGAGGAGAACCUUGAGCUCCCUACAGACAAGACUGUAGAUCCACCUGAAAUCCAGGAGAAGGAGGCGGCUCCUGCAGACACAGCCAAAGAGGAGGAGGGGUAGAUGGACAGGGAGAAGCUGUAGAAAAGAUGGAUGAUUUCAGUCUUCCACAGAAUUCUCCCCAGUGGGGACCUACAUUUGCUGCAAUCAGACAAUUUUGUACUAUGUUAUAUUUGCAAUAGGAAAAAAAGGUACUGCUGUACUAAACAGACUUUAUUUAGUAGCAGUGAUGCUGUAGAUGCACAUCGAAGGGAGUAAAUAAGCUGUUUUUUGUGUUUUUGCUGGACAGAGGUUACAAUUUUACUGUAACAUAGGAGGUCGUUCUCUGUGAUGACGACACCGAGAAGCACACAAAAGAUGUUCUUUGUUGAUAGGAUCGUGUGUAAUUUAUCUUCAGUUACCUUGCUUUUCACUUGUACAUAAUUAUGCCAUGAACUAAAGGCACAAAAUGCUGCAAUCGUACCCAGAAAAAAGACUUUGGAUUAUUAAUGCAUGCAAGAUGUCUUAAUAUGAAUACUAAUGCCUCCAUUUUUGUGUUUAUAGACUUUAGCCCACAUGUACUAGCCAUUUGGCUCAUAAACAAAUUGUUUUAUUGCAAUAGUAUUAUUUUAAUUUUAAGUAGUGUUGUAAUAAUGCUAUGUAUUCAACAAAUAGGGCCGCUGUAUGUACUGUAGUUUCUGAGGAGAAGGAAGUGACACAUAUAUCAGUUCAACAUUGGUUUAAACAGUCCCUUGAAAAUACUAGCAUUUUAAAAAAUUGUGCUGCCUGGUUGUUUGAGAACCAACAUGAAUUGCCACUAUCAUGGUUUCAUUUCUGUGUUGCCAGUUUGAGGCCUCUUAUCCCCCAAAUCCCAAAGAUGAUUUAUCAUACAGCCGCCUUGUUUUUUAAUCAGGAGAACAUUUCUCCUCAGACUUUCUUUAUUUAAAUGUUUUCAGAGAUAAUUCAGAGACAUGAUUAUCAAUUUCUCAUUAUCAGCCUCUGACGACAGUGUGUUUUCCAAAUCAUGUCCUUGCCCUUCUGCAUCAUGAUUACUCUGAGGUAAGAACCUUAUUGUUUUAGUCAGUUUUCCUCGCUGACUAAUUAAUGACAAAAUGCGUGAAAUUGUACACAUCUGGCCAAUUAAAAAAAAAAAAAAAACAGAUUUUUGACACAGACUUCAGUUAAUUACAACCUCUGUGACCGUCAUCUCACUUGAGAUGAAAAGUCAAAAGAGAGUCAAAAACUGAUUUGAUUCUUUUUGUCCAAUCUCACUACUUUAUUACGAAUUGAGGAUGCACAGGACCUGUUAAUGAACUCUACAAACAAUGUUGAGCAUUAAGAACAUCUGCAUUUACAAUAUUUGUAAUAAACAGUGUUACAUGUA